GAGUCCCUCUCAGGUAGGCGUAGCUUAGUCUCCUGAUGUUGGUCUAUUGAAGGAUGUCGAGCUUUCCCGACGUAGACCUACAUAUUGGAGAAUUUAUCCUUUAGCCCUGGUUCGCUUCCAUAGCCUCUUCCUUCUGCUUCUUCAGCAUUUUUGUGCAGCCUCUUCCCCACGGCUGUAGAGAAACUGGGCCACAGACAGUGCCCGGAGACACCAGGCAGAUGCUGCUGUAUUUACAUCUCUAGUUGAUGAUGUCUUCCAGAUUAAGCGUAUGGAUGUACAGCAUCUUUUUUGUGCUCAUAUGUAUGUUUUAUAAGUGUACUGCAAGAAAUAGAGACACUCUAAUGGAACUGAGUCUUCAGGAAUAUUUCAGCAUUUUGCAGACAGGAAAAACCUCCCUAGUUUAUUUUAGUCAAGAUGAUAUUACUGUAUUUCUUGAAGAAUUGAAAAAAGCAGCUGGACCUCUUUGUAGUUAUGGGAUUUCAGUUGCAAAGGUUAAUUGUGCUAAAGAAGAAGCAUCAAAAUACUGUGGAAAGGAAAAUGAUUUGACAAAAGCAUAUUUAUUCCGAGGUAACAUAUUACUCAGAGAAUUCCCCACUGAUGCUUUGUUUGACGUGAAUGCCAUUAUAGCUAAUGUUCUCUUUGCACUUCUAUUUAAUGAAAUAAAAUAUAUUACUUCACUAGACGACUUUGAAAAUAUAGAAAAUGCUAUGAAGGGAAAAACAAAUAUUGCCCUCAUAUAUGUGAGAGCAAUUGGAACACCAGAACAUAGAGCAGUAAUGGAAACUGCUUUUGUAUAUGGAACUGCUUAUCAGUUUGUAUUAACUACAGAAACUGCCCUUUUGGAAGGAAUUGGGGCUGAAAACUCUGAUAUAAUAUCUGGAAGUCUUUUCUUCUUUCACUGCAAAGUUGUCUUAGACUUGACUCAGAAGUGCCGAAAGACUCUAUUAGAACAACCAUUGACUAUAUUAAACAUUCAUCGAUUUCUCAAGCUGAUGGAUGCACCUUUGUUGACCGAAAUUACUGACGAUCCUGAAAAAGUUUCAACUAUUCAUCUCCAACUUGGUUUACCACUGAUUUUUAUUCUUAGUCAACAAACCACCUAUGAAGCUGAUAAGAACACUGCAGAAAGAGUCGCUUGGCACCUUCGGGGAAAAGCAGGAAUCACAUUAUUGUUAAAGGACUCCUCAGAUUUGAACAUUCCUGCUCAUGCCAAUGUUAUCUUCAAAAGAGCAGAAAAGGGAGUACCAGUUGACUUCUUGUUUUUACAUGAUGCUAAUUCAAUAAUAUCCCUGGUGGAAAAUAAUGUACCUAUCCAAAAUAAUGAGCCAGUUAAAGAAUAUGAAGAAGGUGAGAUGGAGACUCUUAAUCUAGGUAUUCAGGAUGAUCAAGUGGUUGAAACAGUUUACAGAGACAGGAAGAGGAAUUUACCUUUGGAACUGAUAAUAGAACUAACUGAGGAAACCUUUAACAGCAUAAUAAUGAAUACUUCUAGCAGCAUAGUAUUAUUUUAUGCUAAUUGGGAAGCAGUGUCCUUGGCAUUUUUGCAAUCCUAUGUUGAUGUGGCAAUUAAAUUAAAAGGAGUGUCCAACAUGUUAUUUACUAGACUCAACUGUGGAGAUUGGUCUAAUGUCUGUACAAAGCAAAAUGUCACUGAAUAUCCUGUUAUAAAGAUAUUUAAGGCAGGAGAGAAGCCAGUAAUUUAUACUGGUAUGCUAGAAACCGAGUAUCUCCUAAAAUUCAUAAGAUUAAACAGAAUUUCAUGUCCAGUGAAGAUAGUGACUAUUGAAGAAGCAGAAGAAUAUUUAAAUGGGGAAUUAUAUAAAGAAUUAACAUCCUAUUCUAGUGUGUCAAUUCUGGGAGUAUUUAGCUCAAGCAUGACAAAAGAAAAAGAAAAUUUCAUUGAAGCAGGAAAUAGUCUAAAAGGUUAUGUCAUCACAGGAUUCUAUUCUGAAGAAGAUGCUUUGAUUCUGUCAAAGAAAUAUGCUGUGACUCUUCCAGCACUACUGCUUGCCAGACACAAAGAAGGGAAAAUAGAUAGCGUUCUGCUCUCUAAUUCUGAUGCUAAGGAUAUAGUUCAAAUAAUAAAAAGUGCAUUGUUGGAAAUAUUUCCAGAAAUAACAGUGGAAAAUCUUCCCUUCUAUUUAAGACUUCAGAAACCAUUACUUAUUUUCUUCAGAGAUGGCAAUUUAAAUGACAAGGAUGAAAUAGAAAUGUUACCUCUAGUAAAGCAAAAACACCUGGAAACACUCAUCCCUUGCUGGUUAAAUCUUAAGACUACUCCUGUGGGGAGAGGAAUACUGAAAGCUUACUUUAAGCAUCUGCCUCCACUGCCUCUUCUUGUUUUAGUGGACCUCCAUAUACAGGGCCAAGUAUCUGCAUUUCCUUUGGAUCAAACUAUAAAUGAAAAAAACAUUUUGCUGUGGCUUCAGAGAUUAGAAACAGGAUUAGAAAGUCCCAUCACUACUUUAUCUGAUGAAGAGUGGAAGCCACCUCUUCCUGCUUACAAUUUUCUUAGCAGGAUGGAUGCCACAGUUCCCUACACAGAAAUUGCCCAGUUUCCUACAAAGAAUAUGUUUAGUUGUGCGAAAACAACUGAUCUGCAACAGCAUGACAAGGGACACUCUGAAGAUAAAUCUGUAAUCAGAAAGGAACGUGCUUAAACAAUGAAAAUGAAGCAUUGGAAGAGAACUCCAUUUAAAAGAGCAGGAAAUGUUUAAACAUGUGAUAAUGAUUUUUGAUUUUCAAAAUUUAGUUAACUGCAAGAUUUUGGGAAAUAUGUCAGAUACUUUUUGACUGAUCUAACAUCUGAGCAUAUUACCUUAAAUAAAAAUUAUGAGUAUUUUAAAGCCCUGGAUAAAAUUUAUAUUCCUUAGAUUGUAUGUUAAUUUAACUUAGCUCUAGUCAAUAGAAUGCCCCAUCAUACCACAGAUUAAAUAUUUAUCAUUAAAUGACCAGUUUAAUUUUAUUGUAUGGUCUUUUUUUAUUAUAUAGGAAGUAAUAAAUAGAAUGUAGUAACAAUAAAAAUUUUUGUAGCACUUUAUAGUUUACAGUGCUAGUUUACAUCUAGUUAAUUUAAUUCAAAAAACAUCUAGCACGUACUAUGAGCAAGGUAUGUACUAGGCUUCUGGGGCUACAAAGACAAGAAUGACAGCCCUUUCCCUCAAGGAGUUUUAAGUCUCCUGGGGGAAUAUAUACAAGGAACUUAUCUACAUACAUUAUUAUCUAUAUACAUUUUCGGAAGGAAAUUUAAAAUAUAUACAAAUGCAAUUUCAAGAGGAAGAGAGUGCUAAUAACUGGAGCAAGUGGUAUGGAAGAGAAUCAGAAGGGCCUUGUUUAAGAAAUGGCAUGUGAACAGUGCUUUGAAGGAAGAAUAGGGAUCCUACCAGAUAGAUCUGAGGAAGGAAUAAGAUUCAUAUAUGGGGGUGGUUUGAUCAUAUGACCAUAUAUAGGUAUUUGAAUAUCAUUAAUAUCAGGUGUACACGCGUAAUAUCAAACUACAAAUAUAAACAAGUUUAUCAUAGUAGUCUACGUGGUAGAUCCAUCAGCUAAGAUCUAUAAGCACUUGUUUAUUUUGGCACCAAAUCUGUGACACACUGGGAUGUUUGAAUUUACUUUUCUGGUUUAUUAUUGUAAUAUAUGAGAAAAUACAUGAGAAAGUACUUUGAGAAAAUGGAAACUAUUAAAAUAAAAUGUAAGAUCUUUGUACAAGCA